GCUCUUCUUCAUUCAUCCUUCCUAUGCUAUUUUCUCUUUUCUCUUCAGUAUGUCUGAACAAAGAUGCCACCUGGCAAGCUGAAUAAAGUAGAGAUUGAAAGAGUUUGAGACCUUACCUUUAUCUGCAUACCUGUUAAUGGUUCCUCCAUUAAAACAAGUGUGUUCCCAAUUACUCCACCAGGUAAAUGGGUGGCAUCCAGCUAUUCUUGUUCUCCUUAUUUGUGCGUUCUCAAAAUGGCUUCUUGCAACAGACAUACAGACACAAGAUCCAUCGCUAGCUGGCACGCCACUCUCAGAUGCCGAAUACGACAAUUUCUUCAAAACACUGAACAAUCCACGCCGAGCCAGCGCAGUUUGCUUCUUCAGGUCCAUGUAUGGCUGCCAGAACCCCUUGGUUCAGACUUUAGACCUGUAUGAAAAUCAUGGAAUUGUCCCAGAAGGGAGGGUAUGUUCCGACAUGGCACAAAUGCCCAGCUUUCCUGAUUUCUGCACCCUCACUUUUUUUCGCUGCACCUUGAAGAAGUAUUUUGUGAAGCGGAUUCGGUGUCCAGAUGAGAUCGGUGAAACAUCUUCAACACCACAAAACACCAAUCAAGAACUUGAAAAUACUGAAUCAUCAUCUACCCUACAAGAGACGCCACUUAUCAGCAUUCCCCUUACCACUCUCUAUACCACCAAGCCAUCUCCUCCGCCUCUCACCUCUGUAUCAAACACUCCCACAGCAGCAACAGAAACCAUCACAACCGUUUCCGACACUACCAUUGGAACCAUUCCUAAACAUCCCAGUGUUAUUUCUGAUAUUACUUCCAUGAAGCUUUUGCUUGAUCUGCCCACCUCUUCCACUCCUGUCACAACUGACUCAGAAUCCUUGCUUGAGCUUCUCACCAGCCUUGAUGCAGUGAUAGCCGGGCAAAGCUUUCCCGAAUUGUUUACCACCAAACUUAACAUGGCAGAGGGGUCUUUUUCCCAGCACCUUAUGACUGAUGUGCUUUCUCUGACUCCUAUUCCUACGCUUCCUUCUACUUCCAAUGCUAUGACAGCUACCCCAGUUAUUUCUGUAUCAGUUGUCCCUGAAUCCUCCUCUGAGCCUACCAUCCUUGAAGUCACCACACCAUCAGUGGGCUGGGGGACUUUUUUAGAACUUUAA